UUAAAUUGGUCAAUGUGAAAUUAUGUUGAAAUUAAAUUGAAAAAAAAAAAAAAAAAGAGGAUAUAAAGACGACAUGUCGUAAAUGUGGGUGGGAGAGUCUUAGUAAAGCGCAAAUGUAGAAGAGGAGGAGGAGGAGCCAUUGGAAGCGCUCCAUUUUGAUUUUGACUCUCACUUCUGUUCUUUGUUUGCUUUAGACUCGCUACCUUCCAUCGAAACAUCUUCACGAUCAUCUAGGAAUGUUCCCAUUUCUUACAUUCUCCUCCUCCACAUUUUCCGCCAUUUUCCUCCAUUUUCCUCUUCCCCAUUUCUCUCCAUGUUUUAACCCUUCUCUUCCCAUCGCCAUCCAUGCCCACCAUGAAAUUAGGCAUCAAAUCGGAAGCAUUUCAUCGCGACGGCCAAACCUGGCUUUGCUCAAGUGGAUUACCUAGCGAUGUUGCGGUUGAAGUUGGAGAUAUGUCUUUUCAUCUUCAUAAGUUUCCUUUGCUUUCGAAAAGUGGGUUUCUAGAGAAGCUUAUAGAACAGCUUCCCAGUGAGGAUGGAUCCGGUCGUGUUCUGAAACUUCAUGAUAUUCCUGGUGGAGCUAAAGCUUUUGAACUUGUUGCUAAAUUUUGCUAUGAUGUUAAAAUAGAGCUCACUUCUUUGAAUAUAGUCAGCCUUAGAUGUGCUGCAGAAUAUCUGCAGAUGACUGAAGACUAUGGAGAAGGGAAUUUGAUUUCUCAAACAGAGGUUUUUCUUAAUGAGGUCUUUGGCAAUUGGACUGAUACCGUAAAAGCUCUUGAAACUUGUGAAGAAGUUGGUGCAUUUGCAGAAGAGGUACACAUUGUGUCAAGAUGUAUUGAUUCCUUGGCUGUCAAAGCUUGUGCAGACCCACAAUUGUUCAAUUGGCCUGUGAAGGGACAGGAGAACGCCCAAAGCCCCAAUGGGACAGUUCUAUGGAAUGGGAUAUCUUCGACCACGAAGCCACAGCCUACUGGUGAGGAUUGGUGGUACGAGGACGUGUCGUUUCUUAGAUUUCCCCUGUAUAAGCUUUUUAUUUUGUCUGUUGAGGCUAAAGGAUUGAAGGCUGAGAAUAUAGCUGCAUCAUUAAUACAUUAUGCUAAGAGGAAUAUCCCCUUGAUCAAUAAUCAAUCAAGCUUCAAUGAUAUGAACCAUGUUGGCUCAGGAGCCACAAUUUCUACAAAUUCUGAAGUAGAUCAAAGAGUCCUGCUUGAGGAAAUUGUGGGGUUACUACCAAGUGUAAAGGGUGUCACCACCACCAACUUCCUGAUUGGCCUCCUCAGAACUGCUAUGAUUUUGCAUGCUAGUCCAUCAUGUAGGGAAAUUCUAGAGAAAAAAAUAGGCAGUCAAUUGGAUCAAGCUUUGCUUGUUGAUUUACUCAUUCCUAACAUGGGGUAUACAGUGGAGACUCUUUAUGACAUAGAUUGCAUUCAGAGAAUUCUGGACCAUUUCAUGUAUAUAUACCAUGCUACAACUGCAUCUUCUCCUUGCAUAGUCGAAGAGGGACAGUUGGUCGGUGGAACGGAUACGCUGACCCCUUUAACGAUGGUGGCAAGUCUGGUGGAUGGAUAUCUUGCAGAGGUAGCUCCAGAUGUUAACUUGAAGCUGCCAAAAUUUCAUUCUCUUGCUGCUGUGAUCCCUGAUUAUGCUAGAUCAAUGGAUGAUGGAAUUUAUCAUGCCGUUGAUGUGUACCUAAAAGCUCAUCCUUGGCUUUCAGAUUCAGAGAGGGAGCAACUAUGUAGAUUGAUGAAUUGCCAAAAGCUCUCUUUAGAAGCCAGUACACAUGCAGCGCAGAAUGAGAGGCUACCUCUUCGAGUAAUUGUUCAAGUUCUUUUCUUCGAGCAGCUUCGACUCCGCACGUCGAUAUCUGGUUGGUUCUUUGUUUCGGACAAUCUCGAUAACUCGCAGCAUCCUAGUCGAAACUUAGGACUUCCUAAGAACGAUUGUUCUAAGCCAAUGGAGUCUAGUGCACAAGAUGGAGAAGAGGGUGGUGGAAAGGAUGUAAAAGAGAGAGUUUCAGAGCUUGAAAGGGAGUGUGUAGGCAUGAAAAUGGAGCUUGAGAAGCUGGUUAAGGCAAAGAAAAGCUGGAGCCUUCUUCCAAAAAAGCUGGGAUUCAGAAGAAAAUCACAGCCUUGCAUCCCAAAGGCAGAUGAUGUAAAGGAACAGACACCCUCUGCGAGUGCUCCACAAAACAAUGAAAGUGGUGUUGUGGGCCAGGGAGUAGUUGAGUAAGUGAGUAUAGAUGAAUUAGUUCAUAGAUGGAUAAAACUAAUCAUUCUCUAGCUUUUGUAGAAUAUUUGAGCUUGGAUUUUUGGUUUCCUUCUUCAUGGAUUCUUAUACUUUUAGAGCGAGCAUCCUUGUCAAAUCUUUAAUGUCUAAAAUUUGACUGAUUUUUGAAGCUGUAAAUUAGUAUAAUUUGAAAUAGUGAAUCCAAGUCUCUAU